AUGGACCAAAUCGUCUUCACCCCUGACAAAGAUGUCCAUAAAGCAGAGUGCAGGAGGAGCAGGAGGACAGCUGCCAAGUGUGUCAUAUGUAAAGGGAGUUGCUCUGGAUUUCAGCCACAUUUUUGGAGGAAAGCCUGCACGGCGUGCGGCUGCAGCACGGUGGACCACGCUCCCGGAAACGACCUGGACGACGACCAGCUGAUGGGCCGGCUGCUGGCCGACUCGCCCUGCUCCCACCUGACGGCCAAGGUCAAAGGGGGCGGCGGCCUCCGCAUGUACAAGAGGAACCGCAUGAUCGUCACCAACCCGGUGGUGUCGCGCAAAGACCCCACCUUCAACACCACCACGUACGACUGGGCGCCAGCCGGCCUCAACCAGAAGCUGGCCAUGCAGUACAUGGAGCUCUUCCCGCCCAGCCAGCACACGGUGUCCGGAACCGACGGAGCUCUGCAGCGCCGCCGGCAGCUGCUCACCCAGCUCCCCGCCUACGAUCAGGACCCCAUGAAGUGUAAGAGCCUGAGCAGCGACGAGGAGAUUUCCUCCAUGCUGCUGUUUGUGAAGCAGUACAAGCAGGAGGCGCUGGGAGUCGGGGAGGUGGCUCUGCCCGGCGAGGGGGCCGCUCUGGAGGAAGCCGCCAUGCAGAGGGCGGCGAAGGAGGCCAAGGAUCGCAGCGACAGGAAGGAUGCGGGACGGCAGCAGGAAGCCAAAGUCUCCACCUCUCCGUCCACCAACGGGAUGGAAGAAAGCAGCAAGGCUCAAUACCGCUGCACCGGUUGCCGUGGUGAGGUUUCCACGGAGAGCCCGGCUGUUUACGCAGAGCGUGCGGGUUACCGUGACGCCCUGUGGCAUCCCACCUGCUUCACGUGCUCCGAGUGCAGCCAGGGUCUGGUGGACCUGGUCUACUUCUGGGCCCAGGGGAAGCUGCUCUGUGGGAGGCACUACUGCCAGACGGCGUGGCCGCGCUGCUCCGGCUGCGACGAGCUCAUCUUCUGCAAGUCGUUCCUCACCUCGGAGGACGGGCGGACGUGGCAUCUCUAUCAUUACUGCUGCUGGAAGUGUGGACAAAGCCUGGACACGCCCUGCGAGCACUGACCCCACAGAAACCUCCAGGAUAAAGAAUAUCGGCGCUGCUCACGUUAUCGCGGACCGGUUUACACAAAGCAAGAGGAAUGACCCACACAUGUAGACCCGCAGGUCUUUAAAUCAUAAAUGAUGUUGACUUUCUCGCAGAGAGAGGUGGUAAAACGCUCACAGGACGUCCGGCUGACACUGAUGCAUCGACGAGGCUCCUUCUGCUGUUGAGCUUGCUGGUGUUUUCAAGAGCUUAAAGAAAUGUUUAGUUGACACAAAAGCAUGUAAAGUACUUAAAGAAACAUUUGGCUGAUUAAUCGGCACUUAAAGAGCCGACAGUGACGGGAUCCAGA